AUACUUCAACAGAGAAAAUAUAUUAAUUGAAAAUGGAGAGGCUUAGGCCUUAUUGGCGGAAAGAAUGAAGCAGAUGGAGUGAGCGAAGUAUGCACUCCCAUCCUACUGCUACUGCUAGGUUGUUCCUCCUUCUCAUGAAAUGGCUAUGAUCCCCAGACGCAUCUUCAGCAUACGCGCUGCCUCCUCAGCUUAUUUUUCCUCUCUCUUCUUCAACUUCAAACCAUUCAAACCCUCUCUUUCUCACAGUCCCACGCGCUCAUCUUCCACCUCGCCCUCCACCCCACGCACCAGAACCCCACUCGAGAAGCAAUUCGAAACAUGGGUCCAAAACCUCAAGCCCGGUUUCACCCCAUCGGACGUGGACCGAGCCUUGAACGCCCAAUCAGACCCAGAUCUCGCCCUCGACAUUUUCCGUUGGACCGCGCAACAGCGCAACUACAGCCACACCCACCUCACCUACCUCACCAUCAUCAAACAACUCAUCGCCGGUCGCCGCUACCGCCAAGCCGAAACCCUAGUUGAGGAGGUAAUCGCCGGAGCCUGUGAUGUUUCCGUUCCUCUCUAUAACUCCAUUAUUCGAUUUUGUUGUGGUCGCAAAUUCCUAUUCAAUCGUGCUUUCGAUGUUUAUAAGAAAAUGCUUAGGUCUGAGGAUUGUAAACCUAACCUUGAAACCUAUUCCUUGUUGUUCAAUUCGCUUCUUAGAAGGUUUAAUAAGUUGAAUGUGUGUUAUGUCUAUUUGCAUGCGGUUAGGUCAAUGACCAAGCAAAUGAAGGCUUCUGGUGUUAUACCUGAUACCUUUGUGUUGAAUAUGAUCAUCAAGGCUUAUUCUAAGUGUUUAGAGGUGGAUGAGGCGAUUCGGGUUUUUCGCGAAAUGGGAUUGUAUGGCUGUGAGCCAAAUGCUUUUAGUUAUGGUUAUAUUGCCAGGGGUUUGUGUGAGAAAGGGAGGGUGAAUCAAGGGUUAGGGUUUUAUAAGGAAAUGAGGAGUAAGGGUCUUGUGGCGAGUACUAGUACUUAUGUGAUCAUAGUUUGUAGUCUUGCGAUGGAUCGAAGGUUUGAGGAUGCGAUUGAGGUUAUGUUUGAUAUGUUGGGUCAGUCUAGGACCCCUGAUCAUCUCACCUACAAGACUGUUUUAGAAGGAUUGUGUCGGGAAGGAAGAGUUGAUGAAGCCUUUGAACUGCUUGACGAAUGCAAGAAGAGGGAUAUGUCUAUGAAUGAAAAGAUGUACAAGACUUUGUUGAAUGAAUUGUACUUUGUGUGCCGGGAGUAGAUUCUGUGCUUAUGCAUUUGCUUGAAGAUGCGCGAGGCAUCCCUUUUGUUGGAGCCAAAUUCAGUUGUUCUCCUGCUUUGUAGAGCCUGAUGUGGAGGACUAUGAAUUUUAUUGGACAUAUGAUAUAUUGUAUGAGACAGCUGAUUUUUUUUGAAUGAGCGCUAAAGGCAUAUAUAGAGAAGGGUCUUGCCUCUCAACAUCAUUUAAACUAUUUAACUUGCAAUGUGAAUGGAGAGGGGACCUGUUUAGGCAUUAAUAACUCUAGUAUUGAUUUUGAUGAUAUGGUCACACAAGCUCCUUUUCUGCUGAAAUGGGGCCUCUUACUACAGAAAACUUGAGCAUAUUAUAUGAACCAGGGCACAGUUUUGUAGGGCCACAUGAUACUUCAGCUGGAGCUAACACUGGCAUGUAAUUUCGACCUAAUGUCAUUUUGAUGUAUCCUUGCAGACGUUUCUUACUUGUGGAUAGUUUACUGGAGUGGACGAGCAUCUUAUGAUAAUCAUGUAACCAACCAAAGCAAUCUAGUACUCAUCCGAUUGUUCUUUGUUGUUGAUAUAUUGCCCGUAGUCCAUUUGUUUGCUACAUGAAUUCAUCUGGAUUAGAGUUUAGCUGAGCGUUUUACAGUUGCUAGUUGCAUUAUCAUUCAUUUGUCUGUCUGUAUCAGUCACAAUCUUAUCUUUUAACCCUAAUUCUCCAUGGUUCGGAAUAUAUAAAUUUGUGUUACUGGCAUAAAGGGGGAGUUACAUUGUUCGAAUGACUUGGCAAGAUCUUGUGCAUUCUGAACAAAACAGAAAUUACUCCAUGUGUAGGGUGUUGAUCAUAUUUACUAAUGCAAUUGUGUUGGAAUAUCUUUUCAAUGUUUAUUUCUUAUCUGUUGACAUUAUCGGUUUAUAGGUUUUGGUCUCGACUGUUUGGGUAAACUUGAGAA